AUGGGUGACAAAAUGGGUGCUUCUGUUGCGCCAGCGGGCAGGGAGUGGUCGCAUGGCUUUUGGUCAUGCUGCAACCCAUUCGGCACAUGCUUGAUGACUUACUUCUGUCCUUGCAUGGUGUUUGGUAAAACCGAAGCUCGGUUGAAGGAGCCGGGCGCUAGUGAGCACAGUAGUAUGAAUGGGAUGUGCUGUGCUUGGGCAUGCUUGGCCUACGUGGGUUGUUCGUGUAUCCUCACAGCACUCCAGCGCAGCAAGAUCCGGGAUACUUACGGUAUCGAGGGUUCAAGCGCGACCGACUUUUGCGCGUCAUUCUGCUGCCCCUGCUGCACCAUCGUGCAGAAUUCGAAAGAAUCCGUGACGAGAAACCAGCAGGCUGGAGCCUACCAAUCGCCACCAGCCAUGCAAUAUCCAUAA